AAAAAAGUAUUCCUAAAACCCUAGGCAUUUUUCAUUCCGUCACAAAAUUUCCUUGUUCAUCAAGUUUUCUUCUCUUCCUUCUAUCUCUCUCUGAUUGAGUCAACUUCUCUUUUCAUCUUCACCUCUUCGUCUCAUAAAAUGCUUCCGAUUCCAAAAAUGGCAGCAUCAAAGGCUAAAAGCCUAAGCAACCUCCUCGGCUUCGCGUUUAAAUAUCGUCAAAACUCAGCCUCAGCCACCGCGAAUCACGCCGGAAUUUCUUACAGAUCGGCUGAGAUUCCCCGGUGUCUUCACACUUAUUCAAACGACGAACCAGAGGAACCAAAAAUCGAAAUCGAAACGUGGAAUCAAGAUAUUGAAACUCUUCGAAGAUUGGGAGUAAUAGUGAGCGUAGAAAGUUGUAAAUCAGUCGCAAUAGAUAACAUAGAAGAGUCCAUAUUCCCCAACCCCAAUAGGAGAUUAUCAUUCAGAAUUAUACCGAGAAUAGAUGAAAACUCCGUUCUCUCUAGUGAAGGUCGAGAAAAACUCAUGAGUGUUUUCGAAUUUAUGAAGAAGCAAGGUCUCUCAAUAGAAGAAGAAAUGUAUAGUUCUGAUCUUUGUGAGUUAAUUAAUGAGCAUAGCAAAGAGGAGUUUCAGUUUCUUAUUAGAAAAAUCAAGGAGGCGUUUCCUGAUUCUUCAUCGGGACUUGGUUACUAUGAAAUGCUUUCAUGGAUUAAGAUUGACGACGAAGAAAAGAUUGAGGAGAUUUGUCGAAGAAUCAUCGACAGAUGGGACAGGCUAUCGAGCUUGGAAGUGAAUUAUCUGGAAGCAUUUUGUGUGACAUGUCUAUAUGAGUAUCUUCAAAGACUGUUAAAGACUGUUGACAUAACUAAAGCUACUUCGUUGGACCAAUUGACACCGAUAUUUGAAUAUCUUGGACGGUUGGAUUUGAUGAUUGAUGCUAAGAGGUUACUUGGGGAACUGAAAGGGACUGCAUGGGCUGAACAUAUUUCACACCUCAUUUUUAGCUACGCAACUAGCAGCGUCCACGAGAACGAGGAUAUACCUGGGAAGGCCAACGCAUUUGAGAUGUGUAGGGUCCUGCAUACAGAGGUCGGGUUUAAACCUUCCUUUGAAUUUUUUGAGAAGCUGAUCGCAUUUGAAUGUGACUCACAAGAUGAUCAUCAUUACUCACAACAUGAUCAUCGUAAGAUACCACUUGCAGCAAAAAUAGUAGAUGAAAUGAGGGAAAAUGGUUUGAUAGAAGACUCGGAGGACGGGCGUUAUUUUCACGACACCAUUGAGAAGAUUUAUGGGAUUGAUUGGCUACGUACUACAGAAGGUGUGAUCAAUGAUAUGGGGUCGAAAAAGUUUCAACUAAACAAGUUCAUCAGCAAGUUCUCAGAUUACAAGGUCGAAUCACGAUGGUGAAUAUAAAGAUCAAGGUUACUUCCUUUUGGUAAUCAUGUUAUUUUAGUUCAUAACAAUGCCAAGAUUCAUCGUAUAUGGUAUCUUGUGU